AUCUAUCAAAAUUAAUUUGUCACACUUAUAAAAUUUUAAAUCUAAAUUCUAAUUUUUUAUUCUAAAUUCUUUUAAAAUUAAUUAGUAUUUUCCGCAUUCCACAAAAAUGGGGGAUAUAAAACUAUCAGAUAUGAAGGCAACUUAUUUUCCGCCGGCAUUGCAACCUGUGUUUAUGGGGGCCACACCACCGAUAAAAACAGGAUAUGGGUCUUUGUACGGUUCAUCGAAUAUCGGUCAUUUCCAAAACUAUCGAAAUGAAAAUUUAUCAAAAUUUCAAAUGCCCCCUUACGAAUGGGGAUUUAUGAACACCCCGUACAGCCCAAGACCGGAUAUUGCAAUAGCUGGAAAAGGAACUAACUGGGAUCAAGUACUCCGUAUGCCUCGCCCAAUUUAUUCAAUGCUUGAUGCUGGAAGACAACAAGAAGUGGACGACUUUUAUAAAGCUGCCCAACAACAUAGGGAUCAAUAUAAGGAUCAUAGUGGAAGAUUGCAUGCUAUGCGUUACUUUAAAUCUGCCGACUACUCAUAUCAAUGUCCAACAGAUCCUACAAGUACAUAUUUGACAUUCCCACAAUAUUAUGUAAAAUACAAGAGUCCUUCAGUUCUACCAACUUCCUACCGAAGAACUGUUAUAUCUCCAUCUUUACCUGCUCGUGCUUUAACUGGAACUUACUCGCCUUACAGCGAUAUUGCAUAUAAAAGAUAACCUCGUGAUAUGUUUUAUGUAUUUUGUCAAUAUUUUUUUGUGUAUCCUGUUUUGUUAUCGUUAUUUGUGGUCGUUUUUUAAACAAU